CAAUGAGCGGUCAGCCGGAACGACCGCGUCUCCCGCGCGCCCCAAUGCUUGUUGUGGUUGCUGCAUGACAGCUCAAUAUGAACCGUUCCACUCACUUUUAACGUAUUUAUCAUAUAUACUUUAGGUUUAAUUCAACCUUUUUUUUUAAGUCUGACCGAGCAGCAGACAUGGCGGGAGUUAUCCGCCGGCUGGACGAGACGGUGGUUAACCGCAUCGCAGCGGGAGAAGUCAUCCAGAGACCCGCUAACGCCAUAAAGGAGAUGCUAGAGAACUGUUUGGAUGCAAAGUCGACUAAUGUCCAAGUGACGGUGAAGGAAGGUGGUCUGAAGCUCAUCCAGAUCCAGGAUAACGGCACCGGCAUCAGGAAAGAAGACAUGGAUAUAGUGUGUGAACGGUUUACCACCAGCAAGCUGCAGAGUUUUGAGGACCUUUCUGCUAUUUCCACCUAUGGUUUCAGAGGGGAGGCACUGGCCAGUAUCAGCCAUGUGGCCCAUGUGACCAUUACAACCAAAACAAAGGAUGCAAAGUGUGCCUACAGAGCCAACUACAGUGAUGGGAAACCAAAAGGGCCCCCCAAACCCUGUGCUGGGAACCAGGGCACACAGAUACUGGUGGAGGACCUGUUCUACAACGUGUCCACGAGGAGGAAGGCGCUGAAGAGCCCAGGAGAAGAGUACGCCCGGAUCGUGGAGGUGGUGAGCAGGUACGCUAUACACAACUCGGGGAAAAGCCUUUCUGUCAAGAAGCAAGGAGAGACGGUGGCAGACGUGCGGACCCUCCCCGGCGCGUCCGUCGUGGAUAACAUCCGAGGGGUGUUUGGCAACGCGGUCAGCCGGGAGUUGAUUGAAGUCGGCUGCGAGGAUGCGAAGUUCGCCUUCAAGCUGAAGGGCUACAUCUCCAACGCCAACUACUCUGUGAAGAAGUGCAUCCUGGUCCUCUUCAUCAACCAUCGUCUGGUGGAGUCGAGCGCCUUGAAGAAAGCCCUGGAGACGGUCUACGCCGCCUACCUCCCCAAGAACACGCACCCCUUCCUCUACCUCAGCCUGGAGAUCGCCCCCCACAACAUUGACGUGAACGUGCACCCCACCAAACACGAGGUCCACUUCCUGCACGAGGACAGCAUCAUCGAGAGCGUCCAGAAACACGUGGAGAGCAAACUGCUGGGCUCCAACUCCUCGCGCACCUACUUCACCCAGACGAUGCUCCCGGGCCUGUCGGUGUCGGAGGUGAAGCCCCCCUCCUCCUCCUCCGCCCGGGGGGACGCCGCGGGGGCGGAUCCGUCAGACCGCGUCUACGCCCACCAGAUGGUGCGGACCGACUGCCGUGCCCAGAAGCUGGACGCCUUCCUCCAGCCCAGGGAGAAGACCGCCCCGGGUCCCAGUGGGGCCGGGGGGGCGUCCGGUACCGGCGGGGGCGGGGCCGGGGCCGUGUGGGCGGAGUCGGGGGCGGAGAUGGAGGCGACGGAGGAUGCUGCCCUGCUGGAGGCCCUGGGGGAGGUGGGGGAGGUGGGGGAGGUGGGCGAGGACAUGGAGCCGGCCUUCAGAGGCAGCACCACCACCCCAGACCAGCCCAGAAAGCGCCCCAGGACCAGCCAGGAGGAGAGGGAGGAGCUAACAGCAGCAGCCACGCCCAGGAGGCGUGUCAUCAAGCUGAACAGCAUCAAGGAGCUGCGGACUGAGAUCUCUGAAGGCACCCACAAAGGUCUUCAGGAGAUGCUGCAGAACCACUCGUUUGUGGGCUGCGUCAACCCCCAGUGGACCCUCAUCCAGCACCACACCAAGCUCUACCUGCUCAACUCCACCAAGCUCAGCCAGGAGCUCUUCCGUCAGAUCCUGAUCUAUGACUUUGGGAACUUUGGUGUUCUCCGGCUGUCGAGCCCCGCCCCGCUGUACGACCUGGCCAUGCUGGCGCUGGAGUCGGAGGAGAGCGGCUGGACGGAGGAGGACGGGCCCCGGGAGGGCCUGGCCCAGUACAUCACCGACUUCCUCAGGAACAAGCACGAGAUGCUUGAGGACUACUUCUCCCUGGAGAUAGACCAGGACGGGAACUUGACCGGCCUGCCGCUGCUGCUCGACCACUACAGCCCCGUGAUGGAAGGGCUGCCCAUGUUUAUCCUGCGCCUAGCAACAGAGGUGAACUGGGACGAUGAGAAGGAGUGCUUUGGGGACUUUGCCAAGGAGUGCAGCCAGUUCUACGCCAUCAGGAAGCAGUUCAUCCUGGAUGCGGAGCCCGGAGAGGAGCCGCAGGAGGGUGAGGGCGGCUCGUGGCGCUGGAAGGUGGAGCACGUGGUCUUCAAGGCGCUGAGGAGCCUCUUCUCCCCGCCCAAGAGCUUCAGCGAGGACGGCAGUGUGCUGCAGAUCGCCAACCUACCCGACCUCUACAAGGUGUUCGAGAGGUGCUGACAUCCCCGACCUCUAGGAGUGGCUGACCUCUGACCCUAACCGCUGACCUCAACAAGGUGUUGGAGAGGUGCUGAGGAUGUGGAGAAUGUCUGGAGAACACGUGUCCGUUUUGAGAUGUCCUGUCUAACAUGUUCCGCUUUAUAUUGUGUACUCUUCAUGUGAAUAAAUGUUGUUCUUUAAA